GAGCAAAUGAAUACAGAAGACAUCCAGGGUGGCAGAGAAGUGUACGAUUCUUAUAUGAAUUACACUGUUCUGGAUUAUUCCCAGUCUACACUGCCAUCAGUCCUUGCAGACUCUGAAGACUCCUUUGAAAAUAUGGCUAAAGUUGUGUCUGCCAUCAUGUACACCAUUGCAUUUGUCUGUGGUGUCACUGGCAAUGCACUGGUCUUGUGGAACAUUGGCUUCAAACUGAAGAAAACUGUGACCCUUAUAUACAUUCUAAAUCUGGCUUUAUCAGACUUUAUAUUAACAGCACUAUUACCCUUUUCUAUCAUUAACACUGCUUUGGACUAUCACUGGCCAUUUGGGACCUUCAUGUGCAAGUUUUUGGACUUUGUUGCUCACCUGAACAUGUUCGCAAAUGUGUUUCUCCUCAUGCUUGUCAGUUCUGAUCGAUACAUUUCUAUUGUGCACCCUGUAUGGGCCCAAAAUCACAGAUCCCUUCAGAAGUCUAUUCUAGUGUGUGUGCUGGUAUGGUCAGUUGCCAUUGCCUUCAGCAUCCCUUUUGCUAUUAUCCGUGAAACACAAACCAUUAAUUUAGGAUCUGACUUGAUUGUCUGCUAUUCAAAACCAGAUAAAGGGCUUUUUGGUGAUAACAGAAACAACAAAGUAACUGAAGCUUCUGUGAGAUUUGUCAUUGCAUUUUUAAUCCCUUUCAUUACAAUUGCCUUUUGCUAUGGUGCUAUUUUAGUCAAACUGAAACAUAAAUGGACUCGACCUUCCCGAAAGCCCUUCAAAGUCAUUACAGCUGUCGUCAUUGCGUUUUUCAUUUGCUGGCUGCCCUACCACAUUCUGAACAUUAUCAAAACAUUUCCAGAAUAUUCAGAUAGUGCAUAUACAUUAAGUUUUCUUGCAAAAAGUCUGGCUUAUUUCAACAGUUGUAUAAACCCUAUCCUGUUUAUCAUGGCUGGGCGAGGCCUUAUUACGGAACUAGCAAAGAAAAUGAAAGAUGCCCUUCAAGGCCUUCUGCAGGAGGAAAUGGGGAGAAGGCAAAGUAAGUCUGAAAAACAAAGUUCUACUACAGAAGAAGUAAGCUGUAUAAAAACAGACAAGGCGUGAGAAGCCUACAGGCAUUAAUGUCAUAUUAUGCAUCUCAAAAGCUGGUUAACUGUUGAAGAUUUGACCUAGCAUUUCUACUGGAGUCAUCAGUGAAUUAAAUGUAGUAUUCUCCCACUAGAUCCAGGGGCAUAGUGGCAUGUGUCAUAAAGUUCGCCAUAUAAUGAGCUAGGUACCAUGAACAGUUUCACUACGUUUUUGUUCCACAUUUCAUUAAUGUUAUGUAGAUGACAUUGUGUGACAAGGUGCAAGGUAUAACAUUUUUGAAAGUAUAUAUUUAUAAAAACUGUAAAUUAAUUAUGUUUUAGUGGAAUUUUGUUAAAGUAGGAUGUCUGGCCUGUGGAAAAGCUGAAGACAUUUAGGAAAGGGGUUGAUAUACUCUGGAAAUGUUAUCUUAUUUUAUAACUAAUAGAGUAAUAACAUGAUUUUGCAGGGAAAAUAAAAUAUUGCAUCUUAGUAACAUCACAUGAAUGUAUCAAACAUGUAUUUUAGAUAUUAACAAUCUUCGGAUAUUGUGAGAGAAAAAUUGUAACAAAUGUUCACAUGACUGCAACCAUUUCCUUAGCUAACAGUAUAAAUUCAUGCAUUGGUUACAAUUUAUAUAGCCAUGUUAUUGCUCUUAAACUGAUCUUAGCACAACAUAAUGGGUCUGUGUCGAUGUUCUUAAACCUGGCCUCCCACCCUACUGGCACCACUAUUCCGCAACCCUAAAGGGCUGUUGCAGACACCAAGUAGUUGUGAGCAAUUUAAAACAGCAUUGCAAAAGGCUACACCUCUCUGCUUUCUAUGAUGUGGGAGUGCUCCUGUCACUCCUGAUCUGUAAAUAUAUUACCUCCAAGGUCACACUAUCUUUAAAGAGAGUACAUUUAUGUAUGUCCGUUUUCUCUGAAGUGAAGUUAUCUCAGAAGUGGUAUAAUUAGAGACUGUGGGGGGGGGGUUAAGGGACAUAAGGAACAUAGCCCCCCAAAGAAACAAUUUAUCUAACACAUACCACAGAGGUACAUCUGACAGUGGCAUACUGAUCUCUGGCAUAUUGACCAUUAUGUAGCAAAGCACUUCAAGUCAAAACAGGCCCGGCAUACUUUAUUAGGGGUCGUCCUAUGGAGCUCAGCACAGCUAACUAUUUUGCAUUUACUUACCAAAAAUGUAUUGCCAAUGUGAACUAUACACAGAUCUACAUACAGUACAUAUCUGCAUUUAAAAGGCAGGAAAGAAUUGCAAAGAUGAUUACCAGCUUGGUCAAAAGUACAACUCCUGUAUAAGGUUGCAUUAACACAGGUGAGCUUGCAAAGAUAAACUGAGUGUGCAGAUAUUUUGACUAUCAGCAUUGUCUAACACUACAGAAUGUAAUGAGGAGUCUAUCUUAAAUCUGUAACUGGCAAGGAUAGAACUUAAUUUGGAAGACAAACGGCAGUUAAAAAAUCAAUUACUCCAAACAAAAGCAAGACAGUAUUAUGGUAUCAAUACGGCUUAUUCAAAAACAAUUUGCAUUUUUAUGUUGUGUAACUAAGGCUUUGCAAAGCUACCCAAGUGUACUCCAACCUAUAAAAGCAUCAUUAUUGUACACUGACACAAGUCAAACAUCUCUUUGUUAUUUUUCUUAUUCUGACAUGAAUAUUUGCACCAACUGUCAUUAGGUCUUAUAAACCUGCACAAAAGAAAUGCUUUGUGUUAUUUAUAGUUUUACAAGAUGUUUAUUUAUUUAGUUAUGUGAAUAAUUUCAUCAGUUAGCCUAUCCAGUUGAGACAUAGAAAUGGAGAUGAAGUUUAGAACAUUAUCUGUUGCUAAAUGGAUCCAUUAAUAGUACUGAUGAGUAAAGCAAGAGUCUGCACAGUCAAUUGUUACUUUCAGUGAGAAAUUCAAAUGCCAUUAAGCCAUUUGGGACCUGCUGUGUUCUUUACAGUUACCUAUUGGUAGGCCAGCCUGCUUGUAAGGACAGAUUUGUUAAUGUAGUGUCACUGGUGUUAAUUGCAUUUAAUUUUCUAAUUGUGCAUUUCCAAAUGCUGUAACUUAUCUCGAAAAGUAGGUAUUUUUUUCUGACUAUUUUGAAUAUAGUAAACGGAGGGCCAAACAGCUCUGUCUUAUUUUUCUCUUUAUCUCAGCAGAGAUUUCUAUAACUCUGUGCUGAUGGAGUACAUGAAAUAAGGGGCUAGUAACAGAGUAGCACACUUCAGUGAAUGCAAGAAAUCAGCUUAGAAUACAGGAGAAAUGUUCUUGUUUCUUUUUAAGUAAAAUCAUGGAAACUUUAAUGCCCAUGUAAACAACCAUGACUGCAGUGAGGCAGGCACGUGUGGUUUCACAGCUUCUCUGAAGGCUGACACAUAGCAGCAAGUCAAAACCCCCCCAGCACUGCAAUCAAAAGAAAGCAUUAAUAGGCUAAGCUCAAGUCUUUUGCAGUUCUACUAGCAAACACCCCCUAUCACAAAAGCAGGUGAGCUGCGAACCAAAUCCCUCUGAGAAGUAAUUGACUUGAUCUUUGUCAGGCUCCACCCUUGUGCUUCUCCUCACUAUUCUACAAGAGUAGAUGACCAGUGAUUUCUUUGGCUACUUGUAUUUCACCUUGCUCCAUGUUCCCUGAUUUUUUGUGGUUGAUUUUUAAGUUCACUUACCAUGCAUGUGUAUGUGACUUACACUGUUGCAAGAUGGAGACAUGCUGGCAAAACCUCAGUUCGCAGUAUAGAGCUGGGGGGUUGAGGACACGUUCGAUCACACAGCUUAUUAACUGUGACAUUUGAGGAGGAUCACAAAAUUUGGCAGGAGUGGUUCCUGGAACAUAAUGCUACAUACCUAACAUAUACUAUGAUAGGUGUUGGAUUCACAGUAGGCCAGACUGCAUCCAUCCCUCAGGAUGAGAAGUCUUCAUUGGCUACUUACUGUCAUCUCCCACACUGGCUCCUCCAAUAUCUGCUCUGCUACUCAGGCUCAGGUUGUUUAGGUCAUUUUGGGUUGUAUCCUUUUAUACCAUGGAUCAGGCUCUUUAUUUCUGUACUCUGAAAAGAAAUUUCAUAGUAGCCUUACUAAAUGGUAUUGUAUGGUACUCAGAAACAACUAUGGGGCUGUGAAAUGUUUGCUGUUGCUAAUGUAGAAGUGCAAACAUCUAGUUCAAAGCUCCAGACUGCCGCAGAUGCCAUUUGCCUAAUAGGAUUGAAUUCCAGUUGAUAUUAGUUAAAAAGCCCUGCUUGUGCUGCAUUACUGGAACUGCUUAUUUACUGAAAACUCUCAAGAAAGGUCUACAUCUAUUUAUUUAAUUUAUUUAUUUAUAGUCUAACAAUUUAGUAGGCACAAUGCACAGGUAGUUAUCUGUUUUCUGGUACAGGACAGAAAAAUCCAGAUAAAACAGUAAACAUACUCCUGCAUGUAACAAAAAUCAACAGUCUAUUGCAUUAGUCAAGAAAUACGCAGCAAACUGCACAGUCUAAACUUUAUACAUGAGAGCAGUUCACAUUUCCAUAUGCAGGUUAGGUAGUUUCUGAUUUUGCAUGUGUCAUGAAAAGCUCAGGCUUGAUACAUGUUACAAGUAAAUAUGUAAAAUUGAUAGUGUUUGAAAUGUUGGCUGUAGUACAAUCAAUGCUCUAAGUUGUCUGUUUUUUAUAUCACAAUGCUGUUCUGCUCUAUAAAAAGAAUAGUCUGUUAUCUUAAUA